AAUUUUAUUUAACAAAAAUAAAUGAGACUUUUUUAUAUAUAACAUUUUAAUUUCUUGUAUGUUACAGUGCUAAAUAGUAAGAAUUACGUCACAGGGUAAAAGCAAUAAUGAGAGUCAUGGUUUAGCUGAUGGUAUUGAUUGGUUAGGUGCUGGCAGCUCCAGGUCCGCGACUGCGUUCCUAAAACAUAGCAACCCUUAAACUUCCAUCUCACUCGACCAUUUUGAGUUAGAGCAAGAAAAACUAAGCAUUUUAUUAGUUCUGUGACUAGGAGCUGCGAUUAUUUCGCACAGUUUCGCCACCAUGCGCAGUGAGUGAACAGCUAGCUGGGCCCAGAGACCACUCCUAGUGUUGGUGCCUGAUGUGACACUACAGUAGUCUACAAAUGAACAGUGCCGAAAUGCCGAGAAACAGGGGACACGUGUAGGUGCCCCAGGCCAUGGGGCACAGCCGGGUGGUGUGGCCAGCCGUGCUGCUGGCCUUCGCCCUACCAUGGGCUUCAGCUGGGUCGCCAGGAGCAGGAGGCAGUUAUCUAGGCGAUGUUAACAUAUCGGCAAUUUUAGACUCCUUCAGUGUCAGCUACGACAAAAGAGUAAGACCAAAUUAUGGAGGUCCUCCUGUGGAAGUAGGAGUCACCAUGUACGUGUUGAGCAUCAGCUCCCUUUCCGAAGUCAAAAUGGAUUUUACUCUGGACUUCUACUUUCGUCAGUUUUGGACAGAUCCACGCCUGGCAUUUCGAAAACGACCCGGAGUAGAAACCUUAUCUGUUGGAUCCGAAUUUAUCAAGAACAUAUGGGUACCGGAUACUUUUUUUGUAAAUGAGAAACAGUCAUACUUCCACAUUGCAACAACUUCAAAUGAAUUUAUCAGAAUACAUCAUUCUGGAUCAAUUACACGUAGUAUCCGGUUGACAAUUACGGCAUCUUGUCCCAUGAAUCUUCAAUAUUUCCCGAUGGAUCGACAACUUUGCCACAUAGAAAUAGAAAGUUUCGGGUACACAAUGAGAGAUAUCCGAUAUAAAUGGAACUCGGGAGUAAAGAGCGUCGGAAUAAGCAACGAAGUGGAGCUGCCACAGUUCCGGGUGCUGGGUCAUAGGCAGAGGGCGACCGUAAUUAACCUGACCACAGUCGGUUACACCAUGCGAGACAUUCGGUACAAAUGGAACGAAGGCCCCAACUCAGUGGGCGUUUCCAAUGAAGUAUCGCUUCCCCAGUUUAAGGUGCUCGGGCACAGACAAAGAGCCAUGGAGAUCAGCCUCACCACAGGAAAUUACUCACGACUAGCAUGUGAAAUCCAAUUCGUUCGUUCUAUGGGUUACUACCUCAUUCAAAUCUACAUCCCGUCCGGUCUCAUCGUCAUCAUCUCAUGGGUAAGCUUUUGGUUAAAUCGUAACGCCACCCCUGCAAGAGUCGCCUUGGGUGUUACCACUGUAUUGACCAUGACAACACUAAUGUCUUCAACAAACGCCGCUCUCCCUAAAAUCUCCUAUGUGAAAUCCAUCGAUGUAUAUUUGGGAACUUGUUUCGUAAUGGUCUUCGCGAGUUUGUUAGAAUACGCUACGGUUGGUUAUAUGGCGAAGCGAAUACAAAUGAGAAAGAACCGUUUUUUGGCAAUUCAGAAGAUCGCAGAACAAAAAAAAUUAAAUGUAGAUGGGGGACCCGACAGUGAUCACGCGCCGAAACAAACAGUCAGUAGUCGGCCAAUAGGACAUGUGCGAUUUAAAGUUCACGAUCCAAAAGCACACAGCAAAGGUGGUACUUUAGAAAGUACGGUCAAUGGUGGCCGCGGUGGAGGGGGUGGACCAGACGAAGAAGCGGCCGCCCCAAUUCCGCAACACAUAAUCCAUCCCAACAAAGACAUCAACAAGUUGUAUGGCAUAACGCCCUCAGACAUCGAUAAGUAUUCGCGAAUCGUGUUCCCCGUGUGCUUCGUGUGUUUUAACUUGAUGUACUGGAUUAUUUAUCUACACAUCUCUGAUGUAGUAGCGGACGAUUUAGUGUUACUUGAAGAAGACAAGUAAACAAGUGUUGACUAGAGUUGAUAAACAUUCCAAAAUUUUUAAUACCAGGACAAACUAAUUGAAAAGUACAUACAAGUGGAUCCAUUUCAGUAGAGAUAUCGACGACUAUACAUUUGUACUCGCGUAGGUUUAACAGCGAGACAUGUAUAUAGUCCCCACAACGGUGCAUUUCCGCUACCUAAUCAUCGUAAUUCAUGGUCACAUCAUAUUAAAAAACAAACUAUUUAAAUUUACGUAUAUUUCCGUUGUUAAAACGAUAUUUGAGUAGUUACCAGAGUAAUAUUUACCAUAUGUUAUUACGUACAUAAGUUGUAUCAGCAAAGAAUUUAUUUAAUUGUAGUUAAUAUCUAGUCGUUACAUCUAGUCGCGUUUAGUAUAGAUAUUGUUGAUUUGCAAGAGAUUUAAUUUAUUUUUGUAUAUACAUCUAAGAAUUGUUCAUUUUUUACAUUUUUUGCACAGAGCCCAACUGUUACAUUAGGGUAGUCCGCACGCAUUUUACCCGCACCCCAAAUGGGAGGUUGCCUCCUUCAGGGAUCCACGCAUAUACUAUGCAAAAGCCGUUAGAAGUAAACGGCGAAACGAAAUUCUAAAAAUGUAAAAUAAUUAUAAUUAUAUAUACAAAAGAAAAAUUAGGUAGGAUACGCGCUCGUAGUCAACUUGAUACAUAGAUGACACUGACUGUACAUAAUAUGAUAUAUAUAUAUAUAUUAUAUAUAUACACAAAAUAGAACCAUGAUAUAUAUUAAUUAAAAAUAUAUAUGCAACUAGCAUGAAAUGCGAGCGCGUUAGUACAGAAGGGAAACACGAUCGAUCGGACAGACGAAGUUUAUAUAUUUGAUAAUGUUCUGGACGUCGUCUCUGAGGAUCGACACCCGGAGCAUCAUCUUUUUUGCAAGCGCGCAACUGUACAUAAAAUUAAACGGACCGUAACAUUUCCCCGACAACGUACACCGUACCAUCACUUCAGUAUUUUAAUGACUUGUAGCACACAGCACAGAGCAAGAGUCUGAAGUUACGGAGCAAUAUUUAACAGAGUAAACUUCCUUCUUAUGAAAUCGACACCGCAUCCUGCACCCACCAGCGAGCGCACCGGAAACUGACGACGAAUUUUGGAUGAGCUAACAUGCACUACCAUGAUUAAGAAAACUUGCGAUCGCCAACAUAAUUCACAGUAGCCGAAUAGAAAGAAUUUGCCGGUGUCAGUGACGGCGGGCUCGUUGAGGGCAGGGGGUGCGCGGACUCCAUGGAGGGCUCGGGCUCCGUGCACUCCCUCACCCGCACUGCGAGCGACUAUUGCUCACUAUUGAAUAUUCUAAAUGAUAAGAAAGAGUUGUAUGUACUAUAUUUGAAACAUUCCAAUUAUUUAUUAACUACGUAUUGCGUAGGUAUAUACUGUUUGGCGUUUUUAUUUGAAUAAAAAAUUUUAAUGA